AUGCCUCUGGUGGAAGCUUUGGAACAAGUGCCUAACUAUGUGAAGUUCUUGAAGGAUAUCUUGACAAAGAAGAGGAAGCUUGGAGAAUUUGAAACAGUUUCUUUGACUGAAGGUUGUAGUGCUAUUUUGAAGAAUAAAAUCCAUCCCAAGUUGAAGAAUUUAGGCAAUUUUACAAUUCCAAUUUAUAUUGGGGGAAAAGAAAAGUUGGGAAUUGGAGAAGCAAGGGAAACUACACUCACUUUGCAAUUAGCUAACCGUUCUAUGGUCCAUUCGGAGAGAAAGAUUGAAGACGUCCUAGCAAAAGUUGACAAGUUCAUUUUUCUAGUGGAUUUUAUUAUUCUUGACUAUGAAGAAGAUCAAGAUGUACCGUUCAUUUUGGGGAGACCAUUCCUUGCUACAGGGAGGACGUUGAUAGAUGCUGAAAAAGGAGAGCUCACCAUUCGAGCUCAAGACGAACAAGUCACAUUCAAGGUUUUUAAUCCUAAGUUGAAGCUUGCUUAG